GACCACGCCUUUUCCGGUGACAUCAGACCUACGAAGAGCAGCUCUAUUCUAGUCACUACUGUACGGGCUCUGUUCUCGUUCCGGUGGAUGACUUCCGGUGAGAUCCCGGGAGCGGAGCUGCUGCAGGGUCCUGGACGGCGCUCCCACAUGCCCUACAGUCCACUGCGGGAACUUCGGCAUAUUUCACAAAUGAUGGACAAGGGUGGGAGUACAGUUAUGGAGAUGAUAUUAAGUCUCACCCUGGAGAUCAUCUGUGUGCUGACUGGAGAGGAUUCUAUCAUGGUUAAAAAGUGUGGUGAAUGGGUAUGCCCUCAAUCACGUCUACUUGGGGAAAGGAAUGAUAAGAAGAUCCUAGAACUCACAAACAAGAUCAUUCAACUGUUAACUGGAGAGGUUCCUAUAAGAUAUGAGGACAUCGUGGUCUGUUUCUCCAUGGAGGAGUGGGAGUAUGUGGAAGGACACAGGGAUCUCUACAAGGAUGUAAUGAAGAAUGACCAAUCCCGUAGAACUCUGAAUGCUCCUGAAAGCCAAAAGGCCCCGGCAGAAGACCAUAUUGAUUUUAUUACAAGAAAAUAUUGCAGUGCACCAGAAAAGUCCACCAACUCGCAGGUUUCCAAGACUGAAUACAAAAAGACUGCUCAUUCAGAAGCAAAAUUUUCAUCUGUCUUUCAUAGUGAAAAGAAAGUUAUGCCAGACGAGCAGCAAGACAUUAACCCAUCUAAUUUCCAGACUACGACUGAGCACAUCUCUUGUAAUGGAGUAAAAUCUGACAACAUUGCUAAUUUGACAGAUAAUAGUUCCGACCAGGAGAAGGGGCCAACAUUUGCUCAAGAUCCACAUGAAAAUCUCCCGAUAAUUCAUAUAAAAGAAGAACUGAGUUCAUGUGAUGAAGAUUUUACUGAUAUAGAAACUUUCAUAGUUCCUUAUCUUGAUGAAAUGGCUUAUGUAUCUCCAGUUAGCAAACGCUCAGACUACUUUAAGGGACCAGUCCCUGACCAAGAAGAUGGUGAAAUGGAGUACACACAGGAUCUAUCAGACAGUGACUACACAAAGUCAUCGAUAAUGUCCUCUCAAGGAUCCUUAAAUGGUGAAAAUUCUUGUUUGAAGGCUUUCACCAACACCACACAACUUAAUUUGCACAUAAUGAGUCACGAGAAUCAGAAACCAUUAAUGUGCUCUGAAUGUGGAGAAUGUUUUUCCCAAAAAUCUGACCUUGUGACACACCAUAGAGUUCACACAGAACAAAUACCUUUUGCCUGUCCAGAAUGUGGUAAACAGUUUUCCAGCCGUGCAGAUGUCACUGUUCACCAGUCAAUUCAUAAAAAAACAGCUUCUACAGAAACUGAGCUGCUGACCCAAGAAAAGUUUUCUCAAAUAGACCAGGCCCCACUUCUAUGCCUGGAGUGUGGAAUGAAUUUUAAGAGUAGCAAUGCACUGGCUGAACAUCAAAAGAGUCACAAACAAGAGAAGAUUUAUGUAUGCCCCGUGUGUGGUAAAGGUUUCAUGAAAAGAGGGCAUCUUAGUAAUCACAGUAGAAUUCACUCAGGGGGAAAGCGUAGUGUGUACUCUGAAAGCAAAGAAUCUGCCCCUCAAACACGGAAGAGACCAUUUCUAUGUUUUGAAUGUGGUAAAUGUUUCCCAAGCCGUUCCCAUUUGGAUAGGCAUCAGAGAGUCCACACUGGAGAGAAACCAUUCUCAUGUUCUGAAUGUGACAAACGAUUUACUGAUCGUUCUGGCCUUGUUAUACAUCAGAGGAUACAUACUGGAGAAAAGCCAUAUUCGUGUGAUGAUUGUGGAAAAUGUUUCCGAGAUCGCUCCGGACUUGUCGUUCAUCAGAGAAAUCACACAGGACAGCAGCCAUUUAGGUGCCUUACUUGUGGAAAAUGUUUUCACAAUCGGUCACGGCUGGAACGGCAUGAAGGCAUUCAUAAAGAAGAAACCUCAUAUUCUUGUCCAGAAUGUGACCAGUGUUUUACAAAUGUAUCUGCCCUGACAAUGCAUUACAGAAGUCACUUUGGAGAACAGCCAAGUGAUCAGGCCACUGAAAAUGUCACUUCUCAAUCCCAACCACAGUAUCUCCGAGAAAAGAAGUCGCUCACGUGUUCAGAAUGUGGGAAAGGUUUCAAAGACUUAUCUACCCUUUCCACACAUUACAUGACUCAUAUAGCAGAACAGCGACAUAUCCACCAUGGAAAAAGUCUUGCCAAUGCAGAGUUACGCCAGAAAAAUCUUAACACUGAAAAGCUCCCCUCAAAUUCAAAAUAUAGAAAGUAUCUUUCUGAUCGUACUACAAAAGGACGCGUAGAAAGCAGAGUACUUUCCUGUUCUCAGUGCGAUAAAUCUUUUUUAGAUCGUGCAAGUUUUAUUGUGCAUGAACAACAGCACACUGGGGAGAAACCUUAUAAUUGUCCAAAAUGUGGGGAAGGUUUUGUGUUAAAAGGUUACCUAACUAAACACUUAGAAACCCAUACAUGAUAUGUUUGUGUGAAUUAAUGGACUGAUGGUAUCUACUGGGUGUUUGAAGUGUCAGUUGCAGUAAAAUACAUUCAUUACGCACAGUCUUGUUUUAUAGUUGGUCUUUUGUGACAUCAAUAGAUUGGUACUUUGUAUUCAGCUGGGAAUAGAUGGCAAGCAGGUACAUAUAUUAA